ACACUGUCAAGGACUAAACACAAAUAUGUUGGAUAAAAGAUUGAUUGUAGAUGGUACUGAAGUGAAGCUGCCUGAUGGAUGUCCAGCUGUUUAUUUUCUAUAAAGUGAAGUGAACUUAUUCCUGUCUCCUGCCUGCAUUAUUCCCAACCCGAUCCUGAGUGACUAAGAACCCAUUUCUACCUCUUACAGUAUCAAACAUAGCAAACUACAAUCUUUUAUCCAACAUAUUUGUGUUUAGUCCUUGACAGUGUCAUCAACAAAACUGAUUGAAUGUUCAACCAACUCUUUUUCUCCAGAGUCUGUGCGGCUUGUGGAUGGAGCUGGUCUCUGCUCUGGGAGAGUGGAGGUGAAGUCCAAUCAGUCCUGGGCCUCAGUGUGUGAAGCUGACUUUGACCGGCAGGAUGCAGAGGUAGUCUGUAGGGAUGUUGGCUGUGGGGCUCCUGCAGCUCUACAGGGGGCUCUAUGGAGGAGGUGAGGGUCAGACCUGGGAUAAAGAGUUCCAGUGUAAAGGCAAAGAGUCCCUUCUCCUGGACUGUGACACCUCAGACAGAGAGAACAACACCUGCCUACCUGGUAAUGCUGUUGGACUCACCUGCUCAGAGCCUGAUGAUGUGAGGCUGGUGGGACGAGGCAGUCGCUGUGCUGGUGGAGUGGAGUGGUACGACCAGAGAGAGUGGAGGAUUGUGGGAGCUGAGGACUGGAACCAGAGGAAUGUAGCUGCAGUAGUGUGUAGACAGCUGGGUUGUGGCUCCACUGUUUCAGUACUACCAGGAAACACCACUGUAGGGAUUAGAGUUUCCUGUGAUGGGUCUGAGUCUUCACUGAGGGAGUGUUUAAGAAGUUAUGAUCUCCUUCCUGGACUCACAGUGAUCUGCUCAGAUCUCCUGGUCCAGCCUGAUAUCUUCCUGACUGACCCAAUGGGAGGGGUCUUCAGGGGCCACCAGGGGCCCGAGAUGUUCAGGGGCUACAACUUCACCAUCACCUGCUCCACUCAGCCACAGUACCCAGGAGGCUCCUUCCUCCUCACGUUCACCGGCUCCAACAGAACCCAGACCCAGCCAGCUGUCAAUCACUCUGCUGCCUUCCUCUUCCCUGCUGCAGAUGACUCCCACCAAGGGAACUACAGCUGUGUUUAUGACAAUUAUGUUUUCUCUCAUAACUUCUCCUCUGAGAGUGAGCUCCUCUCCCUCACCAUCACAGCCUCUCCUCUGCCAGCCUUCAUCAUCAGACACGUUGUAGUGCUGCUGAUCCUACUGACAGCCAUCACCACCUCCUACCUGUACUACAAGCCCACCAGGAGGCAGAAGAGAGUGAACAGGGUGAGCAGCAUGGAUCUUUAUGUCAAUGACAUGGAGAUGGUCUCUCUGAGCUCCAGAGCUGAAGCUGGACCGGGAGAGGAGAGAGCAGCCCAGGGGACGGAGUAGGAGUAGAAUGAAGCUGACCCUACAUGCUGAUCUUAGGUCAGUUUUGUGUUUUAAAUCAAUGGUCAGCAGUGGACUGGUGUUUAAAAUGUUGUGACAAACCUGAAGUGGUUCUAAUUUUAAUAACAAGUUCAGAAUUAGUUUCUCUUUCUAGAACCU